AUGAAAGUCCAACCCAAAAAUAAAUAUAAACUGUAUGACUUACUUUAAAUUUAAUAAUUUUACCUUAAAAAAAACUUCAAAGCUAGUUAUGUAUAACAAGUAAUUAAGUAAUUGUUGAAGUAAUCUAAUGAUAAUUUAGAAAGCAAACACGUUCUCUAAGUCUGAAAAUUUGCAAGUUAUUUGAGAUAAUUAAAGAAAUAAUAGGAAACUAUCAAUCCUGAGUUGUCAAAAUAAAUCUUUAAACUCUUCAAAAAGAUUUAAAAAAGUAAACUAUAAAUCAGUUGAAAAUGAUAAAUGAUAAUAGUAAGAAGGUCAUUGUAAUCAAAAAGCUAUUAAAGUGUACUAUAUAAUGACAUAUCAAAUUAU